UCGCAAACGAGGCUGCACCAACACUUUCGUUCACCGUCCAAAACAGUGGAGCUUCCCCGACCGGAAGCGGCACUUCUAUCGAGAAAAAUCAAUAAUUUUGACCAGAGAGAUCGAAAGGGGGGACCCCAACAUAUUUCAUUGAUCCCCCCUUUGGCUCUCACGUUUGACAAAGGGUUUGUUUCGCUUGGUCUCUUCGUAGCGGCCGAAGACAAAGAGAUGGUGCGUUGGCCUUGAAGAGUUCAAGAUGGCUUCCUCGUCUGGAAUCGAGGCAUCUGUAGAACAGACUGCGUCUGCAGGGGCAGCUGAGCCAUGCAGCACCCUCGAAGCUUCAGCCGAUCUGGAAGAUAGUACUGGUAGUUUUGAUGUGGAUGCAGAAAAUGCUCCUAUGCAAUCAUCCUCGAAAGGAGCUUCUUACGAAGAAACCUUUCAAGGCCCCCACAAGUGGAGACAACAUCUUAGACAUGUUCCGAGUACCAAGCGAAAGAAAAAUCCGCAAGAAUCCGAUAACCAAGUAAAUUUCGGCUCUGAAUCAGAACAAGACGACAGUUUCAUGGACACGACAAAUGAUGAAGAUACAAACUUAAGUCUGGAUUCUUCUUCCCUUGACUUGAAAGAAGCUAAUUCAGGCGAUAACGACGAAACUUCUGGAAACGUCCCACCUUGGAAAAAAGAAUUUCUUGAGAGGUCGAAGUACAGAAAGAUGUACAAGCAGACGACUGCCACUGGCGGACAGGCUUCACAGAUUCCUGUGACUGUCAGGCGGCGUGGGAGCUUACAUGGACACUCGGAGUCAGCCUUCACUCGGCAAGUUGUCUACUCUGGUCUGACUCCAAGUGCUUCCCGGAAGAAGCUCUCACCAUCUAACUCUUUUCGACAAAACUCGAAUUCAAGUGCCCAUCCCGGUCGGAGAACAGCGCUUCAGCAAGGAGCGCUCACUGAUCUUUCGACAAAUACAGAUUUAACCAAGAAACGUAUUGAGCGAGUACAACGAGCCAGACUCUACUUGCUCCAGCAGACAGGACCAAACUCUUUUCUCAUUGGAGGAGACUCACCAGAUCACAAAUAUAGAGUCAUCAUCGGGCCACAGACGUGCAGUUGUGGCCGUGGACCUCACUGUGUGCAUGUGUUGUUUGUGAUGCUGCGAGUCUUCAAGGUGGGAGAGAGUGACCCCUGUCUCUGGAGCAGAACACUGAAAAACUACGAGGUUGAGAACCUGUUUCGUAUCUACCAUGACAAACGCAGCUCUCGGAUUACAAAGCGACGUCCGUCUCAGAGAAAGAAAGAAGUGGUGAAACAAGAAGUAGAAGGGGGCGAAGAGGAAAUGGAAUCAAGCUCUACAGAUACUCUGGAUCACGGCAGGAUGCCAUCAGAGAGUGAUGCAGGAAGUGUGCGGGAGGAGGAGGACACAUGCCCAAUCUGUCUCUUGGAAAUGUUGGAAGGAGAAAGUCUGAUCUGUUGCGAGAAUGGCUGCCACAAUCGUUUGCACCACCACUGCAUUGCCAUAUGGUUUGAGGAGUGUCGCCGGCAAAACGACCCCCUGAACUGUCCCCUGUGCCGGGCCCAGUGGAAGACCACCACUGUGGAAAUCAAAAGUACACAGAGCAGCACACCCCCAGAUGGCCCCGACGUGCCACCAAACACCCGCGCUUCUUCCCCUCAGCCAGAGGAGGACAGCUAUCGAUUGCCAUACGCAGAACCCAUACCCCCGGAGCUUCAGGAGACGGCUGCCCCAUGGAUUGAGGCCCUUGGUUCGGACUUGGUUUCGUGCCUUUUGUCUCGCAACUGGUCUAUCCGAGAGGCAGGACUGAAACACCUGAGCAAGGAAAUCAUGGCCACGCUGAUCAAAGGAGCCGGGGAAGGGAGGUCGGGGGUCAUCGUGUCACCUGUGCGUCGGGCAGCGACCCACAACAUGCUGCAGACGGCCUGUAACAUCCUGGCCUACAUGUGUGCCGAUCCGGUGUACCGAGUGUUUGUGGCCUCCUUGAGAUCCAUGAGGACAAUGUUGUCAUACACGCCCUGCAGAGAUGCUGAGCAGAGAAAGAGGUUGCAGACUAUUCUGAAACCCAUUGUUGAAGCCAUAAUUCUCAAGUGUACAGACGGUAACAGACGCACCAGUCAGCUGUCUUUGUCUACUCUGGUGGAGCUAGGAAAAGGACAAGAUGGGGAACUAGCUGUUGGCAGAGAAAUUUUGAACCCAGGAGCUGAUGGUCUGGAUGGACUGAACUACGUCCUGAAGUGUGUCACGGAGGAGUACAGCAUAGAGUCGGUUCCCUGGCAGUGGCUGCUGGGUAGGCUCUACGUCAUCGACAGACUGCUCGAGGAGUUCCCUGCAGACUUCCUGCCUCGUCCUGAAGAAAUGCCCGACGCCGCGGGUGCCGCUGAUGCAGAUGAUGCAGGGGACGUGGAAGGAGCAGCAGCAGGGCCUGGUGAGGGCAAAACUCAGGGCGAGUCCAGUGAAAUUGGUGCUUCUAAUUAUAACCGUCUGAUGUCCGUGGCCCACUUCUCUGUGAAAGCUGUGUGUAGCGCACACAUGAGGAUCGCCCGCAUGUCCCGUCGGGUGUUCCUCCUCUCUGCCAAGUUGGGCGCCCACGUCCAAAGCGUCAUCUUGGAGCUGAAAGAUCUCCUGGCGCAGAUUGACUCAACUUCGGUUGCCUCCCUACGACGCAAGCUGGACAGGAUUGUGGAAGACUUUCAGCUUUCUGAAAGGAUCGUACAUGAAUUGAUGCACGGAUCGGGAAAGAAAGGAAGGCUUGAUUCCCCCUGCCAUACUCCUGUGGAGUCUCCGUCUUCCACUCCCCGCUGCAACUCUCCAGUUCACGGUGGAAAUGAUCAGCAUAGUGAGAUGGGUGGGACAUCUGUGUCUGACAAGACUGCCCCGGUACCUUCGGUUCCUCCCAACAGCCCUGUACAGCGGCCUAAAAGAAAGCUGAAACGUGCAAUACCUCGGAGAAGUUUUCGCGAAACCAACCACCCUUCAACCCCUCCACCAACGUCAGAAAAUUCUCCAGAAAAAAACAGUAUACAUCAAAAGGAAAAUCUGGUCCCUGAGACCAAGGGGAAACCAGUGUCAGGGGAUUUCCCUGGCAUUGGUUUGACCCGGCUUGGCAGCUCCAGUCCUCCAAUCAGGAAAAGAUCAAAUCUUCCCCUUCGUCGGAAGACCAUCGAGGGGGAUAACGUGUCCAAAAGGGGAGGCUCGUCUAGUCCCACAAUCCGCCGAAGAACGGUGGAUGGCAGCACUUUGUCGUGUGGAUCGUCCCAGUCAGCCCCACCGCCCGCCUCCCGCACCUCUCCCACCACUGUCCCAGCACAGCAGCAGCUACCGCCAGUGUCGUCCCGUGUUCCACCGCCCAUCAUGUUGAGCCCCAUUCUUCCAACCAUUUCUGUCACGGACACAUCCGCUCAGGGUACGGGUAUGUUUAACCCGGUAGCUCUCUCCGAUCUGGACGAGAACGCAAAAGAAAGCAGCGAGGAAGCGGACAGCGGUGGGGGUGCCGACUUUUACGGCACCCUCAAAGCCUCGGCCCGUCACGAAGAGGAUCACAUGUCUCUAUGCACCAAAGAAGAUCUCAAGUGCCCAGCACCACCACCAAACUCAAACGGCAGCAAGUCUCAGUGUUCACCACCCACCGCAGCGGCACCCUCCUCGUGUGGUUGCCAGUGUCAUUGCCAAGAUCCACCUCGGCCUCUUGACUCGACGACAGCCUCACCAAAGUCUGGCACAGUCGGCGUGCCGAACACACCGGAGAGCGCUGACAACAGUCAUUACCACACGGCAGAGCAUGAGUCGAUGAGCAGUGACGACUUCCUCGACUUCUCGCAAGAGGCGACCCCGUCAAAAGAUGAGAAGCCUGUGUCUUUCAAAUCGGAAGUUGCUGAAUCUCCCAAGUCCUCCCCCAGUCACUCAGUACAUAGUGGUGCUAGUUCGAAAAGCGACGACUGUGGGACGUGCAAAGAGGAAGUGGAACGCGAGGAGGCGGAGGCUCUGGCCAAGGCGCUGGACGUGUCGGAGAGACAGACCCCGUGCCCCGUGGUGCCAGGACUAACCCCGUCUGCCCGGGAGGAGGUCAUCACCAUCAGAAUACAGCCUGACGAUGAAAGCGACGGUGUGUCGAGUGCUCCUUCCAUGUACAUGGAGAAGGUUCACUGGGUGAAGGGACCACUGCUGGGCACAGGAGCCUACAGUUCUUGCUACCAGUCACGGGACGUCCGCACUGGGGUCAUCAUGGCGGUCAAGCAGAUCUCUUUUUGCCGCAACUCCCCUCAAGAGCAGGAGAAGGUGGUGGAGGCGAUCACAGAGGAGAUCCACAUGAUGGCCAAGCUCAACCAUCCCAACAUAGUGAGGAUCUUGGGGGCCACAAAGCAGGGCUGUCACUUCAAUAUGUUUGUGGAAUGGAUGCCCGGUGGCUCUGUGUCUUACCUGCUGGGGGAGUACGGAGCGUUCACUGACCAGGUGAUCGUCAGUUACACAAGGCAGAUACUCAGAGGAUUGGCUUACCUGCAUGACAACCAGAUUUUGCACAGAGAUUUGAAAGGAGCAAACCUCUUGGUGGACAGCACGGGGCAGGCCCUUCGUAUCGGAGAUUUCGGCGCCUCGGCUCGUCUCGCGUCUCAAGCCACGGGAGCCGGCGAGUUUCAGGGACAGUUGCUCGGGACCAUUGCCUUUAUGGCACCAGAGGUACUUCGUGGGGAGAGUUACGGCCGAGCCUGUGACAUCUGGAGUGUGGGUUGUGUCAUGAUUGAGAUGUCCACGACCAAACCACCAUGGAAUGCCACGGACAUAUCAAACCACCUUGCACUGAUUUUCAAGAUCGCAUCGUCAGUGGACUCCCCGCCCAUCCCAGAGAACACAGCACCCCCUCUGAGAGACCUGAUGCUUCGAUGCCUGGAGCAGGCGUCGGCGGACCGGCCCUCGGCCAAAGACCUGCUCCUCCACCCUCUGUUCACGCAGUGCUUCACCAACAACUCUUACAACGGCACCAGCUACACUGGCAGCAGUUUAUCCACUAAAAAGUGAUGUGGUAGGAUUUUCUCCUAGCUGUGCCAUAACCAAAGCCCCCCCCCCCCCCCCCCUCCUCCCCCAGUGGCUGUGUGUUGCGACUACCCACUGACAAAGGACAACUAUGUUGAGGACCCCUCCACAAAGGCAGCUGCUACUAUAAGCCAAUGACGCUCGGUGUACCGGCGAUUCUAGAUCACGUUUGUGUGAGAGGAGAGAGUUGGAGUGCCGUUGUGUGUUUGAAGAAGAAGGACUAUUUCUUGGAGAACAGGGCACCCUCUCUUUAGUUAUUUUAUUCUCCCCCUCUUCUCUUGUUCUUUCGUUUGUAGAAUACGACAUGAAAAUGUUUCUUUGUUUCAGUUUUAUUGUAAAAUGGCAUGUCUCACGUGGCAGUUUACUGACUCGCACAAUGGCCAUAAUCGUUAUUUCAAUUUUCAUCUUCCAGUUCAGAGACAUUUAUUAAGAAUGAGGUGGCGGAAAAGCCUUCAGAAUUCCAGUUUGUUUACAAAAAUCUGAUUUUAUAAUCUGAAAAGCCUUCUGUCUCUCUGUAAUUUGAGUCAUUUCUGAAAUGAAUUCUGGAGUUCAUCUCUAGUUUGUGGAAACUUUUGCUCCAAAGAGCCCAUUUUCAUAUACGGCUAGUUUGAUUUAAUUUUACCCUGGUAUUUACACUUUUUAUCUUGUUUAUGUAGAUAAAACUUAAAUCUUUACUUAACUCUUAUACUUACUGCUGUCAACUUUUCAUUUUUUUGUCACUUACAUUUUUCUCAGAAUCUGUCAUGUGUAUAUCUUGAACGUCCUAGCUGGGGAGACUCCCAGCAGGUUUUCCUGGGCAGUUGUUUUAGUAUUGGGGGGUGAACCGGGCAUUUUCCCCGAGUACCAGUUUUUGACUCUGGUAAAAGUAAAGUAUAACCCCCCCACCUCAUUUGGUCUUGCAUAAUGAGGAUCACAGCGAGCUGCUGCCUGUUCCCGUAAGGCACAGCUAGUUCGACAUCCACUAUGAUGUCCCUGAUGUUUUACACCAGGUCAAGCAGUGUAGAACUGGGGCGGCUGUACUUUACUUUUAUCAUAGCUGGCUUACUCUGUGUGGGAAUGCCGGUCGUCGUCCCACAAAUGUUCCUUUUGCCGUGGACCUCCGGGGUUUCCAGCCCCCCCUGAUGGUCGCAAGUCCUACUUUACUUUACAGAAACUGUUCCCGACUGUGAUAUAUUGUAACCUGUUGGUGGUGGGUUGUGCAUUCGACUUCUGGCCAAAGGUAUAAAUAUUUUUUAUAUCCAAGCGCCAAAAGUCUGGGACCAAUUCCUGAAUUGCGUCUCGUUUCGACAUUUAUACUUGUAUAUUGAUGAUGAUCAUGUUAUGUGCAAUGGUGUCCCAAACAUGGGCAUAAAGAUUUCGAAACCCAGCUUGUUAUCACGAAUGUUAUGAACACACAUCGUCUUCCGUUGUGCACAAAGUACAAGCCUGUUACAUUUUAAAAGAAGCACAUUUUAAAAUCCUUUUUUCUACAAGGGCUGCAAUAGGCAGUCAUGAAUUUUAGCAAUUUUUAAGUGCCGUCAACGUUCAAUGUUAUUGUCAUUGUUAAGGUCAUGUUUAUGCAAGUUCUAUCUUAGUUUUAUCUCAGAGAAAGAUGUACCCAUAUUCUUGAAACAGAUCUAUUCAUAUUUCUGCCAAAAUGUCAUUUAUGUUUCAUGACCUGGACAUGAAAGUUCAUGUAAAUCAAAGUUGUUGACUGCACACACACACACACACAAAUAUUUUCAUAUGUUCUCCGUCCAAGAGACAAGUUAUGCAAAAUUUUGUUACCGGUUUGCUAAAAAUUCUUCUACUGACGUACCAGACCAUGUGUUCAGUCGGUCAGAGGCUGGCUUACUCCAGCUUUGACCAGUGAGAAUGAAGUUGUCAAUCUCACACACUUACAGAAUUGUCCACUCCAUGCCUUGUUAUGUGUAGAAGAUUUGGGGACUAAACACCCGGUUAUUUUGUACCAAACUUUACAACAGUGUUCUGGGUUUCUCGACGCUCUACGAGAUGCGAAGAGUUUGCCUUCACCAGUAGCCUUAACGAACGCCGCGUUCCCACUCUUAACGCUAUACUCCCCUUGUUGGGGACUGCCAUUGACAUGGAAACUCUUAUGACAUUUUUCACAAACAUUCGUCUUUUUUUUUCCCAUCCUUUCCAUUGGUCAAGCAUCAUUUUGACUACCUCAUGGGUCGUAUUUAUUCUUUUAGUUUCUUCAGAGAUCGCCAUCACAUAGUCUUUCUAAAGAGCAAAAAAAGUAAGAAGCACCCUGUAUAUAGUUAUCUUAUCUUUCAUUUUUACAGAACCACAUUCCAGGGAUCUGAUGAGUCACUGAUGGUUUAAGAAUACAAAGAGGUCAAUUUCCAAACAGUGAAUAGAGAGCGUAGAUGUUCAGUAUCCAACAUGAACAAGUUUUUGAACUUCCAGCUGAUAAAUGUUUACUGUUCGGAUCACAUGCCAAGGUAGUUUUUUUUUCUGGUGUUUUUUUUUUUUUUAGUUUAGUCUGGUAGAGGUUGGUGACCUCUGAAGAUAAUAGACCAUUUAACAGAGAAACUGACAGCUGGUGCCUGUAUUUAUAGAAAAUUAACAGUAACAGUACAGGGAAAUGUUCUGUGUGUUGGGAAUGUUAUCCAGUUCUUUGAUAGGUCUCUGUAUGAUGAGUGAUGGGCAGACGGAGGAGAAAUAGAAGUCUCGCUCACACAAAGACACUGGUUGUGCUCAGAAUCUGUGACUGAUUUUACUGAAUUCAAAGCCUCCAGUUGCCGGUACUGCUAAUACUGCUAUAGUAUAUUUGAAGUCUGAAUUGGCUGUACCGUGCUCAUUAAGAUCAUCAUAGAGGAUUCUGGUUUGCUCAACCAACAUUUUGGCCUAGCUGUGGGAAAUGGGAGGGGGGUAUUCUGCCCUGCGGCCCGUCAAAAUAGUUCGUUGAUUUCCUUUCCAAUUUGUUUAAUUUAUGAGACUUGUGCUCAUGAGGCUUUAGAAAAUGUUUCAUGCCAAUCUCAAUCUGUUUUAAAAAGUAGAGAUGAAUUGCUGUUUUCUAUCAUAAAAUGCAUAAUAGUCAUUUCAGGUUUUACUUACUUUUUAUGAUGAUGAUGAAGUUCUGUUUUAAAAUCGUCAUAUACGACUGGGGCAAUUGAUUUUUAAAAACCCAACACUUCCCUGGUCACUUAAUGCUGGGCAGCAAUGUUGAGUUCUGGGAACUGUUCUAAAUGUGACUCGUUUGUUACUUCUACUACGGAGGCAUAGCUCAGUCAUCACUUUUUGAGUAAAUUUGAGCUGUUUCCUCUUACUCUUUACCUACAUGACCUGAACAUCCAGAGAAAUUCUCAACAUUCUGCGGGGUUGACAGAUGUCCUGUUGAACUGGGAAAGUGUUGAAAGGUUUAUGAACCAGUUGAAGACUGAUUCCACACAAAUGAAACUUGACUUAAUAAUUAGAAAGAAUGGUGCGAAGGAUCCUAAGGAGGAAAGCUACGAGUCUGUCUGUGGUCCUUUCACUUCAGCUCUGAUGAUCCUCCCGAUAUACCCAGCUAUUGUGGGUAGAACUUUUGCUGAAAUGGCAUUUUAUUACAUGGUGUAAAUUGUGUACAAUAGCUAGGUGUGGCUUUUUAUUUGGUUCGUCAAAGAAAUUUCCCCUAUUUUUCUAGGCCUUUUGUUUUGUUGGCAACUUUAGCAGCUCUCACUAGGUACUAAAGAUUUCAAGUAAUUUUUUUCUGUCAUAAACUACACAUAUCACCCAUUUAUUGUCAAUUAGGUUAUAGCUUACUGAUCAUUGAUCAUAAAUAACAAGUCCCAUUUUAGAUGAUUAAAACUAUUUUUUACUAUAA